CUUCUCCUGGUCACUGAUACUGCUACUUCUUUUGGCUCACGUAACCAGACCUGCCUAAUCGCGAUUAGCUUUUGAGAGAUUGAUUGAAGAACCGGCUUCUCCUUUUCUUUUCUUUUUUUUUUCUUCUUCCGAUGAAGAAAAAAGUAAAAAAAAAAAGGAGACGCGUGUGUAACUGGGCCACAUGUCAAUAUGAUUGAUUAAUGGCCCGAUCCAGCUGGUUCCUUCGUGUUCAUGGGCCUGAUCACGCAUCGACGUGUCAGUCCCGGUCUCCCGGACCGCCCGGCUUAAACCCGGCCGAGAGGCCACUCGGUUAGCGGUAGGGUUUAGGGAGGGACUGGGUCACAAGGAAUCCGCCGCUCUUGCUCUGCGAAGCCUGAGGCGGCGACGGCGAUUGGUCACAGCCCUACUCCACAGGUCCUGGGAUCAGAGGAAUGGGACCUUAUUACAAAAUUGUCCCUCAUACAGAUGCAUAGAUGCCCGUGGUUGGCUUAUAGUGGGGAAUUUGAGGGAUGGCUUUCGUCAGUAGAAUUGGAAAUGCGCUGAGGAGAACUUCAGUGUCCAAUAGCGCUCCACUGCUUCAGCCAGUAAGAUGCAUGUCUUCUUCGAAGCUUUUUGUUGGAGGACUUUCAUAUGCCACAGAUGAAACAACUCUGAAGAAUGUCUUUUCUGCGUAUGGGAAUGUACUUGAAGCUCGGAUCAUCACUGAUCGGGAAUCAGGGAGGUCAAAGGGUUUUGGAUUUAUAACUUAUACAUCCACUGAAGAAGCCUCAGCUGCAGUGACUUCCAUGGAUGGCAAGGAGCUUCAAGGACGAAGUAUAAGGGUGGACCAUGCCAAUGACCGUGCUGGUGGAAUACGCGGAGGUGGUGGAUUCGGCUCUGGUGGUGGUUAUGGUGGUGGAGGUGGAUAUCCUAGUGGUGGGUAUGGCGGUGGCGGUGGUAGUGGAUAUAGUUCUGGGGGUGGUGGUGGAUAUAGUUCUGGGGGCUAUGCUGGCAAUGGUGGUUAUAGUGUUGGAUCUGGCAGUGGCAAUGGUGGCAACUACAACAAUGCUUCAGGUGGUGGGUAUGCCGGCAAUGAUGGUUACAACGAUGCGGCUGCCAGUGGUGGUUAUGCUAACAACAUGAGCAGUGGAAGGUAUAAUACCACUGGCAGUUCUGAUGGAAACACUGCUGGGUACAAUUCUUCUCCCAACACAUAUGGUGCAAGCAACUAUGGUGCAGCCAACUACAAUACAGGAAGUUCCAGUGGUGGAACCUCAGGAGAAUUUGGUGGCGGCUUUAGUGGUGGACAUUUUGGUGGCAACAACUUUGGAAAUGUGACCGGUGGUGGCUACAGUGGCAGCAGCAACACGGGAGGGUUUUAUGGUGGCGGGGCAAGCUAUGGAGCUAACAAGCCGCAGUACAAUGACCAUGACGACCUGAUGGGCGAUUUCUUCGACAAGGAAGUGGCAGAGAGUAAAUAAGGGAGCUGUGUACUUGCAUCUCUCGCACGAUGCUGCAGAUCUCUUUUUCCAAGCUGCAUCUGAUCGGCCGUGCUAAAUGGAGCAAAUAAAAACUUUGCUUGAGCUUAUUAGGGUAUAGAACAUAUUCUUUUGUUCUUUUUAUUCUGUUUUCAGACAAGGCACGUAUAUGUUCUUUUUUCACUCAGCUGGUGUUACAUCUUUUUUUUUUGACAAGUAGCUGGUGUUACAUCUUAUCUUGUGAGAAGAAAGGGUGGUUGUAUCCUCUUGACAAGAAAUGAUGUUAGUCCAGGUGCUAA